AUGAGUCUUGGCAACAACGACAACUUUCUUGACCUUUGCGCUGGCGAUGUGGUUAGAGUGUUGGAAGUGACGGCGAGUGGCUGGGCUGCUGGCAUGAGAGUAGACGAAGAUUGGAGGGACAUUCCUCACCCACAGACGGGGUCUACUGCGUGGUUCCCUUAUAGCUUCUCAGUGGCCAUAGAACGUCGAGUGAUGGCAAAGAAGGACCGAAAGGUUGAGAAGAGACGUGCCAAAGCCGCGGUUAAAGCAGCAGCUGUCGAUGGGCAAAAGGAAGCAGACAAGCCGGCCGAGUACGUCGGUGGUCGCCCCACUCGAGAG